AAUUGUAAUAUGCUAAUUGGUAACGAGUCGCGAGUCGCGCUGAAUACUGUAAAAACUAUGCCACAUGAAAGAGUUUAUCAACAAGUUGUGAAAGAUAAAACGACGCUGAAUGCCGCGUCGCGCAUAUUUAACUAGGCGUUUAUGAUUAUUAGUCGCUAUCGUUACAAAUCAGACACACUUCCACAAAAAUGUAAAUACACUGUUAAUGUUCGGUAUAAGGCGAUGAGGAUUGUGCUAUUUUUGGCAAUUAUUGCUUUCCAAGAGGCGAUAGGAUUUAAAAAACCAAAUAUAAUUCUGAUCAUUGGAGAUGAUGAGGGAUGGAAUGACUUUGGGUUCCAUGGCUCAAACCAAAUUCCCACCCCAAACAUAGAUGCACUGGCAUAUAAUGGGAUCAUCUUAGAUAAAUUUUACACUCAACAGACAUGUACACCGUCAAGGGCUGCUUUACUGACAGGAGUAUACCCCUUCCGUUUCGGAUUUCAAGGAAAGCCGAUAAAUCCGGGAGAAAAUCGUUCUUUGCCGCUAGACACGCCGACAAUGGCAGAACAGUUGAAGAAAUUGGGAUAUUCCAUGCAUCUGGUAGGAAAGUGGCACCUGGGAGCAGCUUAUAAACACGUAACUCCCACCAGGAGAGGCUUUGACAGCCACUUCGGAUACUGGGCGGGUUUUGUAGGAUAUUUCGAUUACAUGGCGUCAACGGAGCUGACAAAUACUACGAAUUACACCGGUUUGGAUCUGCACGACAACUUUGAGCCCCAGUGGCAAUAUCAAGGACAGUACGCCACAGACCUGUUCACCGAGAAGUCUUUGGAUAUCAUUGACAAGCACAACGCAGAUAAGCCGCUAUUUCUUCUACUCGCACAUUUGGCAGCGCAUACAGGGAAAGAUGGCAUAGAGAUUGGUGUCCCAAAUAUCACUGAAGCUCACGAAAAAUAUAAGUAUAUAGAUAGAAAAGAGAGAAGACAAUACGCAGAGGUCGUUAAGAAAAUGGAUGAUUCUGUUGGAGAAGUCGUUCAAAAGUUGUCCCACCGAAAAAUGUUAGAAAAUUCCAUAAUCAUAUUUUUCUCUGAUAAUGGUGCUCAAACGGAGGGAAUGUUCCAGAAUUUUGGAUCAGCUUGGCCAUUUAGAGGACUAAAAUUUACGUUACUUGAAGGCGGAGUAAGAGGAACUUGCGUAGCAUAUAGUCCACUGUUCGAAAAAAGGGGGUACAUCAAUAAAGAAUUGAUGCAUAUCACAGACUGGUUGCCGACAUUAUAUCACGCCGCAGGGGGAAACGUAUCGGAUCUUGGAAAUAUCGAUGGCAUAAACCAGUGGGAGGUCCUAUCUCGCAAUGCAUCUACAAGUCGAUCCGAAAUACUUUUGAACAUAGAUGAAGUCGAUGAUUAUUCAGGAUUGUUGAGCUGCAAUGGAAGAUAUAAGCUCAUAAACGGGACGCAUAAAGAUGGCAUCUACGACUGGUAUUAUGGAGACAGCGGACGAAACGGCAAUGAGCCAGAGUACGAUAUCCAGGCAGUACUGAACAGUCCGACUAACAUUGCUAUUCAAAAAUUGAACAGCAAUACACAUAUAGAUCAGGAAAUCAUCAGACGUACUAGAGAAGAAGUGGACAGAAGCUGGUGUAGAGACAAAAACGAUACACCAAAAAUCUCCUGUCAAGACUUCUGUCUCUUUGAUUUAGACCAUGAUCCGUGCGAAACGAAAAAUUUGAUAGAUGAUCCAAAUAAGCGAAGUAUUGUUGUUGCAUUAAAAAACAAAUUAGCAGAGUAUUACGAAGUUUUGACACCACAGCUGACCAAGCAAGUAGACAUAAACUCGGAUCCUUCUCGUUGUAAUAAUACUUGGUAUACUUGGUUGGAUUAUGGAGCAAACUGGUUCAAAAACCUAUAGUUUGUAAUAUUACCAUUACCAAUGGACAAAAUUGGUUUAUUCAUUUUUGCUAAAAAAAUCACGAGUGCCUUGGAAAACAAAAAAUCAAAAAUAUUCCUAGGAAAGAGUGUUAUUGCACGUUUGGUACCAUGACAUAAAGUACAACAAAUUUUGGAAAUUUCCCCCGUCGAUUUCUGUACAUCUUCUCACUCGACGAAUCAUUGAACGAAGAGCUCGAGCUAAAAUUCGAGGUUUAUUUCUUAUUUUGCUAGCAUUUACGAUUUUAUUUCUUAAUUCUUUUAUUGUUUCUAUGGGAGUAGCGUAAACCGUCGUCUUAAGGUGUACCCAUAAAUAUAAAUCUAUUGGAUAUACGUCCGGGGAGCGAGGUGGCCAGUGAUUGGUCCACCUCUUCCGAUCCAAUUUUCACCAAAGGUGUUAUUCAGGUGCGUUCUGGGAAAUGAGGAGGAGCUCCAUCAUGCAUAAAAGUUAUGUCGUUACGUACAUUUAAUGAAACUUCUAACAGUACGGCACGGGUAUCAUGCAAAAAACCUAUAAAACGUCAAAAAAAAACCUAUAAGAUGUCAACUUGCAAACUUAUGUAGUUUGUAGUGCGCAAGCAGUCAUUCCACGUUUGCUCACUAGGAUCGUUGUGAACGUCCAUCUGUGGAGGAAUCACUCAACUAAACUACGCAUUAUUGGUUGCAUAACUUUGCGAGGCAGAGUGAUCCAGGUCUGUAGUUUUUAUCUCCGAGAAGAAAGUUGGUUGAAUAGCAAGCUCGCAUCUCGAUGAUCAAGUGUAUUGGUCUGCAUGUGUAUAAAAUCAGUAAUAUUUGCUGUGUGAGAAAAUCAUUACUGAAUAUUAUGGGUUAUUUAUAUGUUGUGCUUUCUGAAGAGAGGUUAUGUUCAAAGUUAUAAAUUACGAAAAACUGAGGAGAAUUACGGAAAAUCAUCACCGCGCCCGCGUUGUGUGUAAUUACUGUUAGCAUGUAUAUGGCUUGUAAUUCGACAGUGUAUAGUGAAUAUGAUUAUUUCUUAUCUCUCUCAUUUUCAAUUCAGCAAAUUUGUAUAUGUAAUAAGAAAAACUGGAUGCGCAACUAAUUUCUAGCUUUGAAUCUCAAUUAGGUGUAUUUGAGACAAGAACCCAAUGUAAUUAUCAUGAACACAUACAACUUACAGCUUAGACCUCCAGUAAUGCCAUCUCAGAAGCAGAUUUUACAUCACAUCAAAGCCAAAGAUUGAAAACAAGCCUCAUGACGUUAAGUCUACACGUAACAACUAAAUGCUAAGUUAUCAUCUUGUAGACUAACCUACAUAAUGUCAAAAAAAAACAGCACAAUGUCAAAAAAAAAUCGGAAUAAUGUCACUUUUCAAGAUACGUGAUACCCGUGCCGGCCUAAAAUUUCUCCGUCUAUUUUUCUAUCACCCUGUACAAGAGCAGUAAUGCUCAAUGGCUUUGCUAGAAUAACUCAGCAUACCAUUAAAUCAAUGAUGAUUUCCCAUCUAUUUGUAUUAGAGCAAACUAUUUAACAAAAAAUGAUAAAAACGUAGCGAGAUCUCUGUAGUUUAAAUUAUAGUUAUUUUUACUGUAGAAAGAGUAGGAUCGAAGAUGCUGCAAAAUAAAACUAUUAAUAGCACAUAGUACUCUAUGCACUUCAAUUUUUUUUAAGCAUUUCCAGGUAAAGCUUGAUUGGGAUAAAACAUUCACAUUCAAACUAUCCCUUGGGUACAUAGUCCACUGUAAGAACUCUGUUAGUAUUUCUGAAUCCUUUCAAAUACAGUGAGGACUUCGAUGUAUGAAUAUGUGUACAUCAAAAGAGUUUGAAGGUUCCUCCAUAUUGAUGUUAAACAUGAGGUGUAUUUCUGCUUGAGAUUAUGGACUGUCUUCUUAGAACUCAAUAUUAUAAUCCCAGAUAUGGUUUUCGUACUAACUAAAAGUUAUUACAUACCACUUCACCACAAUUCAGGACAUUGUUUGAUGAGGGAGAAUUAUUAAAACAGCAGACAUGUCAUU